AUGAUCUCUUCGAGCAGCAUUCACGCAAAAACCGACACCUCGCUACCCCCUGGGUCCUCCAACAGCAAACAUGAAAAAAGCCAGGUCACCACCGACCAGGAUGCUAAGGCCCACAGUGAUGAUUUGGAAGCUGCCACUGCACAGCUUGAAGAAGUCCACAUAUUCAAACAAGGGCUUCACCAACGACACAUUCAAAUGAUCGCCCUGGCGGGCACAAUUGGCACAGGAUUAUUCUUGGGUUCUGGUCGGGCGAUCGCAACCGCUGGUCCCCUCGGCGCUUUUCUCGCGUACUCAAUCAUUGGGCUUGCUGUGUCAAGCGUGGUUUUUGGUGUUGGAGAGAUGGGUGCCUUGGCUCCUCUCAAUGGCGGGGUUAUUCGUUAUGCAGAGAUUUUCUGUGACCCUGCAUUGGCAUUUGCUAAUGGUUGGAACCAAGUAUAUUCCUAUGCGGUCUCCAUACCAGCGGAGAUUGUUGCUGCCGCCGUUAUCAUUGAGUUUUGGGCUACAGUCAACAACGCGAUUUGGAUCACCGUAUUUGCAAUCUUGAUGAUUGUUACUGCACUGCUCUUUGUCCGAAUCUAUGGAGAGCUCGAGUUCGCCUUUUCAAUGUUGAAGAUAAUGCUUAUUGUGGGGAUCAAUAUUAUGGCUUUGGUAAUAACCUGCGGUGGAGGACCGAAUCAUGUCGCGACUGGGUUCAGCUAUUGGUCAAACCCUGGACCCUUUGUUCAGUACUUGGGCAUUUCAGGAUCCCUUGGGAGAUUUUUAGGCUUCUGGAAGACCUUCAACAACGCCCUAUAUGCUUACUCGGGAAUUGAGAACAUAACAGUGGCAGCUGCAGAGACGAAAAAUCCUCGCAGAGCAAUUCCGAUGGCCGCAAGACGCAUAUUUAUCCGAAUCUUUUUGUUCUAUGUCCUCUCCAUUUUUAUGGUCGGGUUGGUCGUGCCAUCAAAUGACUCCGAUCUCCUGAGCUCCACAAGUACAGCCUCUCAAUCGCCAUUCGUUAUAGCAGCUCGAAAUGCCGGCAUCAAGGUGGUUCCGUCCAUAAUCAAUGCCGUGGUUCUAACAUCGGCUUGGUCCUCUGGAAAUUCUAGCAUGUUAGGAGGUUCCAGGAUCCUGUUCGGUAUGGCAGUUCACGGACAUGCGCCUGCUGUAUUUAAGCGAACCAACCGCAUGGGAAUACCUUAUGUUGCCGUGGUAUUCUUCGGAUUUUUCAUGGCCCUGGGCUACAUGACCCUCUCGAGCUCCGCAAGCACGGUAUUUACGUGGCUUCAGGAUAUCGUGUCAAUAUCUACACUGGUCAACUGGAUCUGCAUAUGUGUUGUUUAUUUGAGGUUUCUAUACGGUUGCAAGAAGCAGCGUAUCGACCGCCAUAAAGAACUUCCAUGGGCAGCCCCAUUGCAGCCAUAUACUACCUGGGCAUCGUUGGCCAUUUUUCUUCUUCUUUUUAUUACUGGUGGAUUCAGCACGUUUAUCAAGGGACACUGGAGCACGGAGACAUUCAUCUCCUCCUAUCUUAACUUGCCUCUCAUUCUUGUGGUCUAUGCUGGCUACAAGCUCACUAUGAAAACAAGGAUGCUACCUCUGGAGGAAAUUCCAAUCCGGCCGUUCAUUGAAAACUUCCGGAACAACCCUGAGCCGGAGACCAAGCGCCAGAAAGGCCUCCAAAGACUAAAUAUUCUGUGGUCAUAA